AAGGAGGAGGGAAACAUUAUAAAAAAAGAAGACAGGGAGAGAAGGAGAGAGAAUCUGGUGGGCUUUGAGCUGUGAUUUAGCUGUCUUUUUGGUGAAUUAUUAUUAUUUCUUUUCUGGCAGAGACUCUCUCUCUCUCUCUCUCACGCACACAUAUCUCCAAAAUCCCUACUAGAAAAAACCCUCCUCACCCGUUCUCUCUCUCCUCAAACCCAAAAUCCCUAUCUUUUCUCUGUUUCCUCUCCCCACAUUUUCUUCUUAGAUCUCCAAGUGAACCACAAACAACAGCAUAAACACCUCUGCAAAAACCCCAUUUGCAAUCCAAGCUUUGCAAAGAGUAAGAGAGUGAGGGAGAGAGAGACAGACAAGGAAGAGCCAAGGCAAAGGGAAACAAUAAAAGAAAAGAAAGUGGCAUUUGUUGAAUCAGAUGUCUCAUGUGAGAUGAAGAAGAAGACUCAUAUCCAGCUCCAUUCUUCUCAUCUCUCACUCCUGCUCAUUUCACUCUUUAUUGGCUUCUGUUCCUGUGAGCAGCAUUCCAUUUCAAGCCAUGGAGGCCUCACUGACCAAGAAGUCUUGUACAUCAAGCAGCGCCAGCUUCUCUACUACAGGGAUGAGUUUGGUGACAGAGGGGAAAGAGUCACUGUUGACCCAUCUCUUGUCUUUGAAAACCCAAGACUCAGAAAUGCUUACAUAGCUUUACAAGCUUGGAAACAAGCUAUUCUUUCUGACCCUUUCAAUCUCACAGGUAAUUGGGUUGGAUCUGAGGUUUGCAACUACACUGGGGUUUUCUGUGCUGCCGCACCUGAUAACAAGAAAAUCAAGACCGUUGCUGGCAUUGAUCUAAACCAUGGUGAUAUUGCUGGGUACUUGCCAGAGGAGCUUGGCUUACUCACUGAUCUUGCAUUGUUCCACAUCAACUCCAAUCGCUUUUGUGGUACUGUUCCACACAAGUUCAUAAACUUGAAGAUACUGUUCGAGCUGGAUCUUAGCAACAACCGGUUCGCUGGUAAGUUUCCUGACGUGGUUCUGAAGCUGCCUAAGCUCAAGUUCUUGGAUCUGAGGUUCAACGAGUUCGAAGGGACCGUACCAAAAGAACUUUUUGACAAAGACUUGGAUGCCAUUUUCAUCAACCACAACCGCUUCAGAUUCAACAUCCCUGACAACUUUGGCAACUCUCCCGUUUCUGUUAUUGUCCUAGCCAACAACAAGUUCCACGGAUGCGUGCCUUCGAGUCUCGGUAACAUGUCAGGUCUAGAAGAAAUCAUUCUCAUGAACAAUGGUUUCAGAUCUUGCUUGCCUGAAGAAAUCGGUAUGCUCAAAAACUUGACUGUCUUCGAUGUUAGCUUCAACGAGUUAAUGGGUCCUUUGCCUGACAAAAUUGGGGAGAUGGUCAGCCUUGAGCAACUCAAUGUGGCACAUAAUAUGCUCUCCGGUGAAAUUCCAGCCAGCAUUUGCAAGUUACCCAAGUUGCAAAACUUCACAUUCUCGUACAACUUCUUCACUGGAGAGCCACCAGUUUGCUUGAGCUUACAAGAUUUCGACGACCGAAGAAAUUGCUUGCCUGCAAGACCUUUGCAAAGAAGCGCGGCGCAAUGUAAGUCUUUCUUGUCUAAGCCAGUGGACUGCAGCUCAUUUAGAUGUGCUCCUUUUGUUCCUUCUUUACCCGCCCCACCUCCACCUUCUCCGCCACCCGUUGUUCUGCCAUCACCUUCACCACCACCUCCAUCACCUGUGUUUACUCCGCAAUCACCACCACCACCGGUCUACUCCCCACCGCCUCCUGUUUACUCUCCACCUCCCCCUCCACCUUCACCUCCACCCCCACCACCUGUUUAUUCUCCACCUCCCCCUCCACCCUCACCUCCACCACCAAUUUAUUCACCUCCACCACCCCCGCCCUCACCUCCACCUCCUUCACCACCGCCACCUCCUCCACCAGUUUAUUCCCCACCACCUCCACCACCAUCCCCACCCCCACCAUCACCUCCCCCACCUCCGCCACCACCACCACCUACUUAUCCGUCACCCCCACCCCCUUCACCAACUUCAUCACCUCCAUAUUGCGUGAGGUCCCCACCUCCUCCGCCACCAAAUUCACCACCUCCACCACCUCCAUUGUUUUCCCCACCACCACCAGUUCCUUACUACUAUAGCUCCCCACCACCGCCCCAUUAUUCACCGCCACCACCACUACACUCUCCACCACCACCGCCACAUUCACCUCCACCACCAAUUUAUCCAUACUUAUCGCCGCCGCCACCACCUCCUGUUUAUUCCCCACCUCCUCCAGUCCAUUCUCCACCACCACCUUCACCUCCGCCAUGUAUAGAACCACCUCCACCUCCACCUCCAUGUGUAGAGUACUCUCCACCACCUCCAUCACCACCACCCCCUAUUCAUUACAAGCCACCCCCAUCACCUUCCCCUCCACCACCACCGGUUGUAACAUAUUCCUCACCACCACCACCACCACCAGUUCAUUACCAUUCACCUCCCCCAACAUCACCGCCACCACCAGUCCCAUGUGAAAACCCACCACCAUCGCCGCCGCCACCACCGCCAAUUGUUUAUGAGAGCCCUCCACCGCCAGCUCCUGUGUAUGAGGGGCCAUUGCCACCGGUAAUUGGAGUGUCAUACGCUUCACCUCCGCCACCACCUUUCUAUUGAUUCUUUUGAGAAUUUUCCUCUAACCUUUCCUUCAUCACAAACCCCAAAAAAAUGUCACAAAUUGUAUUUGGCUAUCAUCACGGCUUCGUUUUCCUCUUCUUUGCACUUCAUUAUGACCAAAAGAAACUCUUCUUUCUCCUUGGGAGCAAUUCUCAUCGCUCAUGGAAGAGAUUGAUAAAAUGUCUAUCACUUGCGAAAUUUGUGGGAUUGAAUUCUUCAAAGAAUGUUGUUGAAGAGGGUGGAAAGAAGAGAGAAAGAUAGAUUGAGAGGUAAGAGGAGAAAUUCUCUCCCAUAUUUAUUCGAAUUGUUAUGGAUAUUUGGAGUUGUGAAAUAAAAAUGGCAGAGAAAGAGAGAGUAGGUUGCAGAGAAAGUUGUAUGUAUAGGGAUGAAUUGGAGAACCAUAAUUAUCCAGGCUUACAAAGGCAGCAGCUGGUAACACUUCUUCUUGCUGCUGUUGCUGUUGCUGUUGCUAGUUUGUGGGUUUUUAUUGUUAUUAUUCUCUUCUUUUUAUUAUCAUACUUUUCUUUCUUUUUUGCUUCUCAUUUUAUAGUAUAAUCCGAUGAACAUUUUACUUGUAUUGAUGAUUUUCCAGAAUUCAGAAAUUCCUUCUUUUCAAUUCCCAA